AUGGCGCCCGCCAAUGCCUCUUCGACCAACUCGUCCGGCUCUGAGACGUCAACCAUCACAGACGAUGGUCCGAAGGAGAUCAUCCUUCCAGUCUGGGGUAUCAUCGUGCCGCCCGUGGCCCAGGACUGGAUCAACGCCGGAUUCCGCGUCACGUUCGCGCCCAAUCCCGCCACCGUGAAGACUUGGAUGGUCACCGAGAAUGGACUCGUUCAAGUCAUGUUCAAUACUGGUCCCGACACCGAUCCUCGCGCCGCUGAGCAGAACCCCGUCAGAACGAAUGUGGAUACAAUCCAGCCCUCGACUACUACCCGUCCGCCACAGACGACAGCCUCAUCCCAGUCUGCCCUGUGA